CCAAGUGAAUGUGCAUCCACUUUCCAAAGGGAAAGUUGCAAGUCAGGCUAUGGGCGUGGGUGUUCUCAAAUGGUGCACGGCGGGUGUGUUCUGCUGUCUGAUCUUGGCCCAGGUGGCAUCCACGGUGCCUACUCCACCUGACUACGAUGCCGCCCUCAGCGACAUGUACGAACUGCUGUCCCACGGCGUGGAGAGGCGCGGGGCGGCGGGUUGGACCGCCGUCUAUGCGACUGAGAUUCGGCAAGAGGGGCGGAGGAGGAGGAAGCAUAAAGGUCCUGGCAGCAGGUGUCCCAGAGGUCAGAGCCUUCGCUCAGACUCCGCUACGGCAAGAGAACCGUCGACGAGGCCGAGCCCCUCCUUGAUCACGAAUUGGUGCGGAAGGACCGCACCCCGGCCCUCAGACUGCGAUUCGGGAAGAGAACCUCUUCUGAUUACAUACAGGACGACGCCUACGACGCUGCUGAUUUCAUUCGCCAAGAUCGGGCCCCCGCCCUCAGACUCCGCUUCGGCAAAAGAGACGUCUCAUACGGACAGGACGAAGAAGCAUCAGCUACCAGCCACGAGCAGUAGAGAUAGGCCUAACAAAAAAUAAAAAAUAAAAUACAAUAAGAGGCAUAGAGAAAGCAGGAUUGAAAAUAUAUCAUAACAAAUGUUGAACUGUUUCUUAGUCAAUUCGUCCUCAUCUUCGGUUUCAAAGUCGUCCUAGUUCUACCUGGUCUGUCUCCUCCUCCAGCUCCUCCUAUCUUGUCUGUUUCCCUAAUAGUUUUUUUUUUCAUUAUUAUUUAUCUAUCUUCCUCGUUACUUAAUUCACCAUUUGAAUUGUUUAACCCUAGGGCCUCUUGUGUUAUUUUAGGGGAAAAAAACUUUCCCCCAGAACUAAGAGCCCAUUAGAAGUUCCCUAGACUGACUUUGUAACCGCUGGUUUUUUUUUUCCUUGUUCCUAGACUUAGUUAGCUCGAGAUCCAGACAAUAAUAAACUAUUACCCUGACAAUUUGUUUCCCUAAAGAUCUCGAGAGAUAUUUCCCUAAAUAUCCCCUACACCCCGGGUAUGAUUUAUCUCCCUAUUUCCCUUAAAAUGUCUGAAUUAUCUCCACAUAGGUCUAUAGGUCUAUCUUGUUCAACUUUCACCCUUGCAUUACAGAAAUUAUCAUUAACUAUUUUUUUUCUAUUUUAUGACUGUUCCCUGUCGCAGUCUUCUUUGUCAUCGAUUCAAUAACCUUUUUGUUAUCAUAAUUGCAGGAGAUGUCAUGCCUGUGUACAGUUAAAUAAAAAGAAAUAUUAGAAAUAUUUGUACAUUUAUCCAGGUGUUGGUGGUCAGUUAAGCUGCAAAAGUUAUUAUUUACAAUUAUUAUUAUUAUAUUACUAUCAAGCAUAAUGUAUCACGUAUGUGACGGGUGGAUACUUGUAUGUAUAAGAGCUGAGGAUACAUUAUAUAUAUAAUUGAUUAUAUAUAAUUUAUAAUAUACAUACGUGUGGACAUGUUCUCAUACCUUAUAAUAACUCUUUGCAUACCUUCCUGUAACUGUUUACAAAUACGAGAUAAGUGGUAUAUUAUAUAGUAUAUAUUUAUCUUUCUAAGUGAAAUAAAAUAGUUGUCUUGUCAUUCUAA